GGACGGCUUUUUCUUUGUGGACACAAAUCCGAAGACGCUGGUUGGGCUGCGGAUGUCUACGGCAAGUAAGCACCGCACCACAACCAGCACUGUGAGGCGGUUCACUGAGUGCCUGGCGGCAUAUUUUGAGGGUUGGGAGGAGUUAUCCCGAGACAUGUCGUGGGAUAUUAUUUAUGUGCAGCACGAGAUAUACAGGCCGAUGGAGGGACGGCAGAAAUUUGAGGUCGUCAAUUCCGACAAUUUGGGCGACGAUGAAAACCGAGAGAUUGCGGCGUUCUGUAGGGAAAAGGUGCGCCAGUACCUAGCAGCACUAUCAUCCGCUGACGCCAGAAGAGGCGAAGCUCUCCGGAGGUGA